UCCCUCCAAUGGCACCACUGCCAUCUGCCCGCUUAGCCCAUCACGAGCGAGCUUUCACCUACACAGGGGUGGAUUAUUUCGGACCAUUGCUGGUGAAGUUGGGGCGAUCCAAUGUAAAGCGAUGGGUCGCACUGUUCACCUGCCUAACGAUUCGUGCCGUACACCUAGAAAUCGCCUACACACUAUCAACAGAGUCCUGUAUUUCGUGCGUCCGCCGAUUCGUUGGACGGCGCGGGCCACCUGCCGAGUUUUUCAGCGACAACGGAACGAAUUUCCAAGGAGCCGAUCGAGUACUGCAGCACCAGAUAAGCCAGGGACUGUCCGCAACGUUUACCAGUGCAAACACGAAGUGGAACUUCAUACCACCAGGAGCGCCACACAUGGGCGGAGCGUGGGAACGCCUAGUACAGUCCGUUAAAGCUGCAAUGAAAGAAGCGUAUUCCGAGGGGAAGCUUGACGACGAGGGGUUGCAGACGUUGGUCGUGGAGGCUGAAAGUGUCGUGAACUCAAGGCCUCUGACGUAUCUGCCAUUGGAGAGCGAGGAGACCGAGGCCCUCACCCCGAACCACUUCCUGUUGUUAAGUUCGAAUGGGAUGAAGCAAAUGAACGACGAAGAUGAAGGACCGAGACAGUUCAGCGAAUCAGUUCGGUGUCGAAUCCUGGGGGAUUCCUGGGAGCACAUCCAGCAUCAGCUAGAUGUAUUCUGGGGGCGCUGGUUGGUGGAAUAUCUGCCGGUGAUCCGCCGACAACCGAAAUGGUUCAGCGAGACACCAUCAUUGAAACCAGGCGACCUGGUAAUGGUCGCGGAGCCGACGAGACGGAGUGGCUGGGAGCGAGGGCGAAUAGUUUGCCUGAAGAAGCAUGCGGACGGCAGAAAUCGACGAGCGGUCGUGAAGAUAGGCGACAAGACUUGUAUUCGACCGGUGACGCGGUUGGCUUUGCUCGACGUCAAGGAGAGUGGAGCUCCGGCGGACUCCGGACUACACCCGGGGGAGACUGUCAACGCAGAAACCGUCGAGCUGGCAACACUGCCUGACAAAGGCAACGCGUCCGCUUCAAAAGCAACACAACAGUGAAGCGCCGCGUCAGUGGGUGACAGACGUCAUUUGAUGACAGUGGAGAUACGUCACCGAACUGUCAACGGCAAGACCGCGUGUUCUCGUAAUCGGUCUAUUCCACAUUAGCCGUGAACGAGAACAGGACUGAACUAGCAAAGUGCUGAAAAUUAAACAAAUUGAAAAUUUUAGUAUUAAAGUGAAGAAAAGUAAAGAUAGUAAAGAGUGAAAGCGAGGUUAGGAGUAAAGUAUAGAAUUAGAUAGAAGUGAGUUAACUGUGCUAGAAGGAAACUCGCGGACGAAGCUAACCGCUAUCUAGGGCGGAGAAAAGGAAUAGCCCACCAAAUUGUAAGGUACAUUUACAAUAUAAAUACGCUCACUAAUUCCGAAUUAUAAUUACAGUUGAAGCUAAUUAAAAUCAUUACGCUGUCAAAACGGCCUUUUUCCUUCGCCCUACAAC